AUGCCCUCGUUAGCUAGACUCGGCACCGCGCCCAACUGCCCCGAUGACCUUUGGUUUUGCUGCCAGUGCGAGUAUGGUCCGCAAGUCACUCAAGUCAAUACCUCUUGCCUUUCCUGUGGACACAUUGGCUGCUCGUCUUGUAUGUGCGAUGUCUGCGGAAAAUUUCCCCCAGAAUCACCUACGACCGAUGCACCUCUGAAGAGCUCAUAUCACAAGGACUUCUCCUGUUAUAAUGCGCACUCUGGACCUGAUGAACAUGGGGUGCUAUACUCUGAGUCGGUUCCGUAUCCUAGAAACCCCUAUGCUCGCCUUGUAGCACCGCCACCAUACCGCAAGACAUAUCUCUCGCCAUGCCACAGUGUUCCGACGGCAGAACAGGCUUCGGAUCGUUCGCCAUACCACAAUGCUUUGAAGGCAGAAGAGGCUUCGGAGCGAAGCUACCAUGACAAAAUUGCUGUUGUCGGGAUGUCUGGUCGCGUCGCAGAUGAUCCUAGGCCCGAGGAGUUCUGGGACCUCCUCAAGAAAGGUAUGGAUUCACCGAUGACGCCGGCCUACCGAUUAGAUACAGAAGCCUGCUGUGAUCAUUCAGGCAAACGGAAGAAUGACAGCUGCGUUCCGUACGAAUGCGGUGUCGACUUCUACACUACUCGAAUACCUCCUCGUGAUGAGAACGUCGGCGCCGAACGAAGAAUGAUACAUAUAUCAUCUCUGAAUGCAUGGUCCUUGGGUUGUAUUCUUUCGGAACUUGGUGCUAGCAUAGUCAUGAGCGUCCACUAUGAAGCUGCUUCCACCCGAGGAGCUCAGGCAUGGCGACACCAAAACCGCGAUACGAGCUGCUUCCUCGAUCUGCUUCGAAAGUUUGGCUUGUUGUCAGACCAAAAACUGAAUUCCUCACUAUCCGCCCACCUCGGGGCUUCCUUCCUUACUAACAUCGGCCCCAAAACAUUUGUCUCUGCCAGCGGGAUAUACAUUCUUACACUCAUGGUGUACUGGCACCAACACAAGCAAGACAUUCACAAGCUAAAGUUUGCCGCCGGAGGCGUAGCCGCAGCCUUCGUGCUAGGAUUUGUUCUAGACGAACCUAUGAAAGGCAUUGUGGUGGACUACAUGCCUUGGUGCAUCUUAGUCGGGAUUUCACUGAGCUCAGUGUAUCAUUACGCUGCCAGGAAGAUGUCCGAAAACAGCGAAGACGUCGAAAAGGGCAAUAUCUUACUUGAAGUUGGACCCAACUGGCAGAUUGAUAGCGAGCAGAAGGUGGCACUGGGAAUGGACAGCCCAUGUUCUUGCUCGGACUGCUUCCACGAAGCUCCUUGUGGGUGGACUUCGUUCUCCUCGUCGAGAUACCGCCCUUGGCUUUGCUUGGUAGACAAGAUAGUGCCCUUUGGCAUGACUUUCGGUGGAUAUGAUCCAUAUGUCUUCGCUUUUGAUUGCGUCGCAGUACCCUGUCAGGAAACGAUGGAGCUCAUUCGCAUUUCUUGA